GAAAUAAAAUUGCCGUCGCGACAAGUUUCGGAGCCCGAAUUAUACCGACCGACGCAUGGGGUAAAAAAAGUGCUCGUGAACAAGUGGUACACCGUCGGACGCGUGAAAGGUGAUUCAAUGGUGAACUACAAGCAUCAUGGUGAACCAUAUGUAGCUGAAGAAAUUAUGAAUGAAGCCAAUGACACAGAAGUUGAAACUGUGGGUGGUGGUGCAACAUAUGAACUUAAUAAUGACGAAAGUGGAGAUGAGUCGGAUAGUGAUUAUUCGGAGAAUGAUGAGGAACAACAGGCUUACGAUAAACUCAAAAGCAGAACUUGCCCCCAGGUGUUGGUUAGUUCCUGCAAGAAAAUGAAUGCCGCACAGAAAAGAGCAAUUAAUGAGAUUGGCUUUGGA